AUGGAUUUUCGCACAUUAGAAAACGAAAAUCUUCCACCUCUGUCGAGUACCCCUACCGAAGUACCGUUGCCCAAGUAUCCAAUCUGGACUGUUGAGUAUUUUCAAAAGUACUUUGAUGUCACUUCGGAAGAUGUACUUGAGCGUAUUAGAGGAGCAUUGGUCCCUACUUACGGAGUCAAUUACUUACAACGCUACAUCAGAGCAAAACCAGAUGUGUAUGGUCCGUUUUGGAUAUGUUUGACUUUGGUGUUUUCUAUAGCCAUCAGUGGAAAUGUUGCGAAUUACAUACAAGUAGCUGCUGAUCACGACUACCAUUGGAAAUAUAAUUUCCACGCUGUGUCUUCGGCCGCCACAGCAAUAUUUUUAUAUGCUUGGUUACUACCACUAAUGCUAUGGGCCUUUGUUAAGUACAAAGAACCACAGUUUAAUCUUAGCUACUUGGAACUGCUGUGUUUGUAUGGAUACUCGCUAUCAAUAUUUGUGCCAAUUUCAAUUCUAUGGGUAAUCCAAAUCAAUUGGUUGCAGUGGCUUCUGGUCGCAGCUGGCACACUAGUGUCAGGUUAUGUAAUUGUAUUUUCAAUCAUGCCUUCGUUAGGACAGAAACCAUUUGCGUUUAUAUUCUUAAUAACUAUUUUACAUUUGUUUAUGGGAACAGGAUUCAUGCUAUAUUUUUUUCAUGUCCCACCAAUACAAAAAUCUUAA